AUGAAGGUGUUUUUUGUUCUAGCCGCUUUGUUGGCAGCAGUGAGCGCCCUGCCCAUUGAGGAGCGGGUAAACGGCGAGAAUGGCUGGUUUAUUCCCAAGCUCGAUGGAAGCUUCGAGUGGAUGGAAAAGCAAGAUGCCGAGGAGCUGUUGGCCAACGGAGCCCAGAUGGAGGGACGCAUCAGCACCAACGCUGUAAACUUCUACCUUUACACCAGGUCGAAUCCCACCGACGGCAAGGAGAUCAAGGCCAAGGCCAGCUCCGUGGACGCUUCCCACUUCAACAAGGAUCGAGGAACCCGCUUCAUUAUCCACGGCUGGACUGGCCGGUACACCGACGAUAUGAACACCCGCACCACCAAAGCCUGGUUGUCCAAGGGCGACUACAACGUGAUCGUAGUGGACUGGGCCCGUGCCCGUUCCGUGGACUACGCCUCCUCAGUCCUGGCUGUUCCUGGAGCCGGCGGUAAGGUCGGUGAGAUGAUCAAGUAUCUGCACGAGCACCACGGACUCUCCUACGACAGCCUGGAGGUGGUUGGACACAGCCUGGGCGCCCAUGUGGCCGGAUACGCUGGCAAGACCGUUGGAGACCAACAGGUCCACACCAUUGUGGGUCUGGACCCCGCCCUGCCCCUUUUCAGCUACGAUAAGCCCAACAAGCGUCUGUCCACCGAUGAUGCCCACUACGUGGAGUCCAUCCAGACCAACGGAGGCAAGCUGGGAUUCCUGAAGCCCAUUGGCAAGGGAGCCUUCUACCCGAACGGAGGAAAGAAGCAGCCAGGCUGCGGAUUGGAUGCCACCGGAUCCUGCUCCCACGGACGCUCUGUGCUCUACUACGCCGAGGCCGUCACCGAGGACAACUUCGGAACCAUCAAGUGCGGAGAUUACGAGGCAGCCGUUUCCAAAGAGUGUGGAAGCACCUACAGCAGUGUUCGCAUGGGAGCUGUGACCAACGCCUACAUGGUCGAUGGCGACUACUACGUGCCUGUGAACAGUGCCGCUCCUUUCGGCAAGAUCGAAUAGAGUCCUGCAAACAUAUUUGUUAUACAAAUAAAAUACUCAAAUGCAAUGCAUACUCCGAAAUGUA